GUUUCGCUCUUCCUCGAUCUUUUAACAUCGGCCAUUUUUGCCGAAAGUCUUGUGUUCUGUUUGGGUCACGAAUCUUUUCGUGCCCCUUAGAUCACUAAUUUAAAGUUCAAUCAAGAUGGUGCAGAAGAAGCCUAAGAAGAAGGUAGGAAAGAAAGUUGCGGCAGCCCCAUUGGUUGUCAAGAAAGUUGAACCCAAGAAGAUUGUGAACCCUCUUUUCGAGAAGAGGACAAAGAACUUUGCUAUCGGUCAGGAUAUCCAGCCGACACGUGACCUGUCCCGUUUCGUGAGAUGGCCCAAGUACAUCCGCAUCCAGCGCCAGAAGGCGGUGCUGCAGCGCCGUCUCCCAAAGGUCUGUUCAAGCUGUUGGAAAAAUACAGGCCGGAGACUGAGGCAGUCAGGAAAGAGAGACUGAGGAAAGCUGCGGAAGCUAAGAUUGCCAAGAAAGAUGAGCCGCCAGCGAAGAGGCCCAACACAGUGCGUGCCGGCACAAACACUGUCACCAAGCUCGUGGAGAAGAAGAAGGCUCAGCUUGUUGUGAUUGCACAUGAUGUUGACCCUAUUGAGCUUGUGUUGUUCCUGCCAGCCCUCUGCCGUAAGAUGGGUGUGCCGUACUGCAUUGUGAAGGGCAAGUCCAGGCUCGGAGCACUUGUGCACCGCAAGACUUGCACCAGUUUAGCUUUGACACAUGUGGAGUCUGGAGACCGGGCUUCCUUCUCGAAGCUGGUGGAAGCUAUCAAGACGAACUUCAAUGAGCGGUAUGAGGAGCUUCGCCGGCACUGGGGCGGUGGUGUGCUGGGCAACAAGUCCAAUGCACGUAUCGCUAAGCUGGAGAAGGCCAGAGCACGCGAACUCGCACAGAAGCAGGGCUAAAUAAUAAACUUUAAUUACGGUUA